AGAACCCAUUGAAAGUGAAUCUGGGGCCAGGCAGAUGCCUCGCUUAAAUGGCGAGUGAUUCCCACUCCAUAUAUUAACGAAACUGGCCCGAUCGGCCUGUUCCAAUGAUCGAGAAUUGAAAGUCUGUUACGGGUUUGACACUCAACUGCAUGCUUGGGAUUUUAGUUAAGUUUGAGAGUUGUAGUUCUAAUUUAACAACUUAAAAUAUCCAUAUUUCUACUGAUUUCUCGGAUACACCUUUCCGAAAUAACUACAAAAUUUAAAGGAAUUAGGGAUUGAUAUGUUUUCCAAUCUUUGUCGCCUAGUGUUGAUAAUUUAUGCUCGAGUGUGGGCCACACUUCAGAGCUGUCCAAAUGAGUGCUUGUAAAAAUUAGAUUGGCCCAAGUCGAGUUCCGAAUCUCACAGCAAACUGGAUGGCUAUAUAAGCCAUGAGUUACCAUUAGAAGCCUGCAUUGUUUCUAGAAGAUGUGGCCCAUUUGGCUGCUGGUGCUCUUAUCGCUAUCACUGGCCACUGGCCGCCAGGUGGGCAGAUGCAGUUUGGCCCGGCAGCUCUAUCGCUAUGGAAUGGCCUACAACGAGCUGCCCGACUGGCUGUGCCUCGUGGAGGGCGAGAGCUCCUUCAACACGAAAGCCAUCAAUCCCUCGAACGUGGAUGGAUCCGUGGACUGGGGUCUCUUCCAGAUCAACGAUCGCUACUGGUGCAAGCCGGCGGAUGGUCGUCCCUCCAACGAUCUCUGUCGCUUGCCCUGCCGCCUGCUGUUGAGCGACGAUAUCCGGUAUUCCAUUGCCUGUGCGAAGUACAUCAGGAAACAGCAAGGAUUCUCCGCCUGGGUGGCUUGGAACAAUCGAUGUCAGGGUGUUAAGCCCAAUGUGAAUCACUGCUUCCGGCGGCGCCACAGAAAUUCGGGUUGAGCAUCGGUAAUUAGGAGUUUCUAAAUAUAUUUUGUUGCUUAGCUUUUAAGUUGAUCCAAUAAA